AUGGACAACCUCGCGUAUUCCAACAUCGAAGACGACACUCCCUCACCACCUCCACAACAAUCCCAAGAAGAAUAUGAGAUGGAUCUCCGCCAUCAAGACCAGAUGGCUCGUGCCGGAUUGGGAGAAAGUUCGACGAGACAAAUGAAUUAUAUUGCUCGCCAGGAAUCAGAUUCUGUGGCUCCAGAAGCCGUAACACAGGAGGCUCCAGAAGCUCCACAACCCGAACCAAUCCAGGAGGCUCCAGAAGCCACCGGAGCCCAGAAGGCUCCAGAAGCUAAGGAUCCGGGAAAUUCGUUCUGGGGACGCCAGUGGAAGCUCCUCAAGUCCAUCGUGUGCUGCAACUGCAAGUCUUCAUGCUUCUAG